AGGGGUGGCACCCUGGGGAGGCUCCCGAUGCCGAAGGGCGGAGUCUGACUUUUGGUGUUGGGAGCCCCGGGGAAGCCGUCCGCGUGGGUGGGUGGGGUUUGGGUAAAUGGUAAGAGGGCGGCGGCAGAGAGGCCCUUUUUCUUCCCCUUUGAACAAACUUUAGCCACGGAGCAGGAGCUAAGCUUUGGGGUAGAUAAGCAGCUUUGGGUGAAACUGGUGAAGGAAUAAAUGUUGAAACAGAUGGAAGAAUAGCUCAGUAGCGCGGCGGGCAAGGCGGGUGCCAUGGCCCUGAUUGAAGGGGUGGGUGAUGAGGUGACUGUCCUUUUCGCGGUGCUUGCCUGCCUGCUGGUGCUGGCUCUCGCCUGGGUCUCAACACACACAUCGGAGAGCGGUGACCCACUGGCCCAGCCAUCAGGGACUCCAACACCAGCGCAGCCCAGCGAAGCCAUGGUGGUCACCGACAGUGCCAGAGCGGAGGCCCCGGGAGCCGAGACCCCCAGCCUGAGACACAGAGGUCAGGCUGCACACCCAGAGCCUGGCACAGGACUCCAGGCAACCACACCGCCGCCAGACUCCCCCCAGGAGCCUCUCGUGCUUCGGCUGAAAUUCCUCAACGAUUCAGAGCAGGUGGCCAGGGCCUGGCCCCACGACACCAUCGGCUCCCUGAAAAGGACCCAGUUCCCUGGCCGGGAGCAGCAGGUUCGACUCAUCUACCAAGGACAGCUGCUGGGAGACGACACCCAGACCCUGGGCAGCCUUCACCUGCCUCCCAACUGCGUCCUCCACUGCCACGUGUCCGCACAGGCCGGCCCCCCACACCCGCCCUGCCGGUCGCCGGGGCCGGCUGGGCUCCAGGCUGGGCGCAACCACUAA